GUGACGCCUGCAGACCAUCCUCUCGCCCCCUGGAAUCCGUCCCGAACGGGAAUCGCCCUGACCUCGCGUCUCGCUCUUCCCCCCCUCUCCCCACUCGGCGAGAACAAAACCCUCCCUCCCCCUGGAUUUGCUUUGCAGUAAACGGAAAAACAAAAAAAAUACACCGUCAGAUCAAUCGUUCGGUGUCGGUUGCAUCCUUUGUCGAAUGGGUUACACUUGGGAAACAUAACAAAACUUCUCUCUGCGGUCCUUCUCUCACCCCCUAGUCAUGCAUUGGAAAGGUCUACGGAUUGGUACCUCGGACGCCAACGACAAGAAACGAACCCUACUCGAGCCCCAAUCGCUAUCCCGCCAUAGUGAGCAGCUGCCUCGUCCGACGCUUUCGACCUCCAAUCUCGCUCCAAGAAGGUCCGAAUCCGCCCCUCGUUCUCCGUCGCUGGUCGGUCCCGAUACCGAUGAUAAUCCCGACAACGAUGGAUCGCAGCUUGCCGCAUGUCGCUCCCAUAACCUGCCGGCCCCCACACCAAGAGUGCGGACAGGGUUGACCCCUGGCGAUAAUUCGAGCUGGCGAAGGAAUCGAUUCAGCUUUAUGAGACUGCGUCAUGCGUCCGACCCCCAGCUUUCGCAAUCGUAUGCACAGGGAGAGGAAGAUGUACCUCCCGUUCCCUCCCUACCCCCUCCCACCAUCAUCACCACUGCUCCCACGAGUCAUGAAGUAGACCAACCUAUCAAGCGCACCAAGACCAAGUUUAAGCUCUUCUCCGAUUCGAAGAAACCGUACGUCGAAGAACUCCCUGCACAACGGCCGAAGCAACAACCGGACUCGAAUGAGAAGCCCCGGCAUACCUCUAAUGGCUCGACCGAGACCCAGCGACCAGAUCCGGUUCUGUCGAAGUCUCAGACCAACAACAACGAGGAACCCGGGCGGUUAUCGACGACGUCCAUUCGCAGCAGUCGCGAGCAGACGAAUGAUUCCCAGCGCUCUUCGGUGACGGACGCGCGGUUUUCCGAAUCCUCCCGUUCCGACCAGAGUCUGGGCGAUCACGGCUUAAACCGCGAGUCGACGGCGUCGUCCGUUAGUAAACGAUUCCGGAUGCCGCGCUUGAAACGGAACCGCCACCCUCUUUUCCCCUUGCCCCCUAAACCCACCGCAUCCCAGUCUGCGAUCCAACAGGAUAGAUCCGCGGGUAAACCCAACAAUUCCGACGAACCCGAUCAUGUUUCGCCGCUCCCCUCUCCGUCCCGAUCCUCGGUAGGCGUCUCGGCGCCGCGACCUGACUUACCGCGGAUGAACUCCGCCAACUCGACGCAUUCCCUCCGCUCGACCCCUUCCAAUGCCAGCCGGAAUAAAGCCGCUACCCGAGCGAGAUCUUCAACCUUGGAUUCUCUGGCCAACGCGCAGGAUGGCGGACGCCUGUCCCCUCAUCUCAGCGCAUCCGGACGGACAUCCACCUCUACGAGCGGUCGGAAGAGUUUCGGUGAUAUUUUCAAUAUUACGCAGCGACUGAGGCAGAAUUCAGAGCCGCCUUUCCCUCGGAAUGGAUCUCCUGGUGCUGGGCCUGGGACACCGCCGGCGAAGCCUAGUGCGCCGUCUUAUCCCCAGAAGCAGGAAAAUGACACGCCGGCCACGUAUCUCGCUCGACUCGAAGAAACUGCCCCGAAGAGUGUGAUUGCCGGGGUGCUGGCCCAGUCAAACGACGAAUUUUACAAGACUGCGUUGCGAAAGUACAUGCGAAGUUUCUCUUUCUUUGGUGAUCCCAUCGAUAUGGCGAUUCGCAAACUCUUGAUGGAGGUGGAACUUCCCAAAGAGACGCAGCAAAUCGAUCGUUUCCUCCAGAGCUUCGCCGAUCGAUAUCACGAGUGUAAUCCGGGUAUCUUUGCUUCGACCGAUCAAGCAUAUUUUAUUGCCUUUUCUAUUCUGAUCCUGCAUACGGAUGUGUUCAACAAGAAUAACAAACGGAAAAUGCAGAAACCGGACUAUGUGAAGAACUGUCGAGGCGAAGGGCUCGCAGAAGACAUUCUGGAAUGCUUCUACGAGAAUAUCUCCUACACCCCUUUUAUCCACAUCGAAGACGGAAAUCCGAAUGGGCGCAAUCUUUCGAAGCCUCGGCGGACCCUGUUGAAGACGGCCAGCUCAGACCACCUCUCCCGCGUUUCCCGUGAACCCGUGGACCCUUACACGCUGAUCAUGGACGGAAAGUUGGACUCUCUGCGACCCAGCCUCAAGGAUGUCAUGAAUCUGGAGGACACCUACCGCUGUGAUGGCACGGAAGGGCCGCCUGACAUGAGCAGUCUACACUACGCCUUUGCCAAGUCCGGAAUUCUCCAGAUCUUGUCUCCGCGAUCACGGCCGGAUGCCUUUAUGCCAGCCAGCAUGGAGAACCCGGCCGACUCCAAUCCGGGACUGGUGGACAUCAAGGUGGCCAAGGUUGGAUUGCUCUGGCGAAAAGACCCGAAGAAGAAGAGGGCCCGGUCGCCGUGGCAGGAAUGGGGUGCCGUUCUGACCCUGUCGCAGCUCUACUUCUUCAAGGACGUCACGUGGAUCAAAUCCCUGAUGGCGCAGCAUGAAGCUCAUCAUAAAGAUGGACCUCGACGGGCGGUCGUGUUCAGACCCCCUCUGACAGACUUCAAGCCGGACGGCAUCAUGUCGACGGACAGUGCGGUGGCUUUGCUGGACACCGGCUACAAGAAGCACAAACACGCCUUUGUCUUCGUGCGCCACAAUGCUCUGGAGGAGGUUUUCCUGGCCAACACCGAAGGGGACAUGAAUGAUUGGCUGGCCAAACUCAAUUAUGCCUCGACGUUCCGGACGACCGGCGUACGGACACAGGGCAUGAUCGCUACAAACUACGAAGCCCAGCGAAACCGGAUGAGCCGCAGAGGCUCCUCCGACUCUGCCAACUCCCAUUUCUCGGCUGAUCGAGAGCCUCCGUCGCCUAAUCCCGACACCGACGUCUCUCGAGACGUGGUCCUAGCCCGGAAAUAUCUCAUCCGACAAAGGAUUCGCGAGGCCAAUGAAAAACUGUUUAGUGGUCAACGGCAGCUGGAUGAUCUUUUGCGGAACGCCAGACACCUCCAGGUCCUGACGCCCGUGCACGCGCGGGCCCGAGAACACGUCAUCAUGGCGGCCGGCCGCAUGGCUGCGAAACUCAAGUGGGUGAGACAGGAUAUCUGGCGCACCAAAUGUUACCGGGAGGUCCUUGUUCGGGACCUGGGCGAAGAUCUCGACGAGGACAAGCCGAGGCCGCCGCCGCUGGAUCCGAAGUCAUUACAUCUACAGAUCCCCACGACCAACGUCGUGCCAUCGACUCCGGAUUUGGCCGAAAAGACUCCAACCGAAAAGCUGACCUCCCCAGUGGAUGAGGUUCUGGUGGCUUCACCGGUAGAGGCAGAGGUGGCGGCAGUGCCGGAGAGUCCGACAGCGUCCGCGCACAUGAUUCCCGUACCACAAUCACCCCCACAGCAGCAGUUGCCCACCGAAGCUCGGCGGCCGAGUGUUCCGGUGUCCAUCACCUCGUCGGAGAUCGCUCCUCGCGCCGGUCGACGACUCUCUGCGGACAACUCGAAAGAGCGCGCAGAGUCCUGGUCACCAGCUCCGACCAAUAGGCUGGAGAGGGAGGCGUCCGUGCUGAGCGCUGGUAGUAAAUUGGAUGUUGCCAGCCUGGGAUCACGAACUUCUAAGCUCACGGUUCCUAACAGCUUCGAGGAGGGUGAAGAGCGUCUGCUUCGCGAGACGGGGCUGCUGGACGUCAACGGAUCUCCUCAAUCCCGGAAGCCAUCUUCAGUCAUCGGUUUUGAGGGUGAUGAACAUAAACACGAAGAAGCACACCAGCAGGAUGGAUCGUCUUCCCAGACGGGAGGAGAAAGGAUGGGCCGAGUCCGUCGCAGUCUACAUCGUACCCUCCGCGAUACUUCCAGUGGUCAUGGAAACUACCCCCGGAGCAAGAAAUCCCGCGACUCUGCAUCCAGUAUGGCGGCGCUUGAAGAUGAUCAUCGGGCCAAGGAAGGAGGCACCGGCGGAGAGGGUCUGUCGCGGAAAUCGGCCAGCUUCACGGUGCAUGGCAAGAAGGCAUCUAUCGUGACGUUUGGGUCCGAAUGGCAGAAUAUGCCACCGGAGGAGCGGCUCAAAUUGCGCAAGCCUACGCCCUCUGAUGAGCCGCGAGCGCGCGAAGCAGGGGUCGGUAGUAGUGCCGACUCCAUCAUGUCCGAGCCUACGCAUCUAACGGACGUUCAGUCUCUGCGCAGUCCCAGUACGGCCACCCGAAAGAGUUUCCAGACGGCUGAAGAGCCGGAGACCGACGGAUCGAAGGAAGCGGCCGGUCGACUGUACGGAGAAAUCAAAGCCAAAAGUGACGACGCACUUGGAAUUGAUUCCAAGCUUGCGGAGACGACGAGUGCAGCUUCAUCACUCUUUGCCCCCGUCUCACCCUUCCGGGAGGCAGCCAGCGCCCCGAAUGAAGAGCGAGUGCCACCGCACUCCAGCGCAGACGCGGAUCACACUGUCGACGAGAACACGCCACAAAAGAUGCCCCCGAGUCCACCGGAGCAGGCAGUCAAUGCAUGAUAUACCCUUUCUUUUUCUUUACUUUACUUUCUCAGCCGCUAACAAAAUCGGGUUUUUCUCAUUUAUGACGU